AUGGCAGCGUAUCAUUCGCCAUACUACGCUGAAGUGUAUGAUCUCGGCCUUGCCCGGACACCAUGGGCUUGUGAUGACGCAGCUAUAUACUUGGACGCGUACAAGCAGAUGUCCUCAUUGCGCCCACGCGACCCAUCGCACGACUAUCUCGUCCUGGAUGUGGGCACUGGCACCGGCCGGGUAUUCCGACAAAUCGCGGAAUACAUGAUCCAGGAGAAUAUCAGUCCCGCUUACAACCGCUUCAUCGGCGUGGAUAUUUCCCCACAUAUGAUCUCUCGAGCCAAGGAGAUAGUUCCCAAAUCCCUCGCCUCCAGAAUUACCUACACCGUUGGCUCGGCCCUGGAUUUGCAGGCGAUUGAAGGGUUGCAAGGACCUCCUAAAGUCGAUUUGCUCAUUUUUGCAUACGCUAGCAUCUCCCUCUUGUCAGAACCCGGCGCUGCCGAAAAGUUCCUUCGUCAGGUGGUCAAGGUGCUGCGGCCGGGAACCGGUCGAGCAUACAUUCCCAUCGGCUAUCUAUUCGAUGAUGGCCGACAAAGCGAAGCAGACAAGAUUAACCAACGAUACGCAGACGCGUCUACACGAACUGAUAUGCCGAGUAAGAAGUAUCCCAAUGUGUUUUAUCGCUUCCCCGAGGGAUAUAUGGCGACGCGACGCGAAGGCAACAUCGUCAAAUACGCAGUUCCGAUGCAGGUAGUCGAGAAGGGUACAGGAGGCCAAGAGCGGGUGAUUGAGGCGGAAAGUCCCACGACAUCUGUCCGGAUGUGGGGGGAUGGGGAGUUCCUUCUGGAGGCGCAGAUGGCGGGCCUGCAGCUGGUCGAAGCAAAGCGAACCUUUAACGAAACCAGUUACGUGUUUUGUGUGGCCUGA